GGGCGCCCGCGGCGAGGAGGAGCAGCAGGCGGGCCGGGGAGGGGAGAGGAGGGCGCGCGCGCGCCGUCUGGGCGGCUAGGCUGGAGCACGUGCCCGGCGGGCCUCGACGGGCGGGAAGGAGGACCGAGGCGCCCCCGCCAUGCCCCGCGUCUUCCUGGUGAAACGGAGGAGCCCGCUGCCCGCCAGCCGCAGCUGGGACCAGCUGCCCGACGAGGAGCGCGCCGACACCUACGUCCCCGGAGAGAUAAAGUGUGUUCUCCUGAACUAUCGCAGCGAAGACAGCAGCAGCAGCCGGGACACGGAGACGGCCAACAUCUCUGCCCCUGAAUCCACAGCAGAGGAGACACUUCUGGACUUGGCGGUGACCCACCCCACAGUCAGAUCCAAAAUCAAGUUCACCACUGGCAUCUGUGGUAAUGCCUCUGUGCACAAUUGUGAAUUAUGCGGGAAGGAAUUUCGCUUGCAGCGCAUGCUUAACCGCCACGUAAAGUGCCACAGCCAAGUGAAAAGACACCUGUGCACUUUCUGUGGCAAAGGAUUCAAUGACACUUUUGAUCUGAAGAGGCACAUAAGGACCCAUACAGGAAUCCGCCCAUACAAAUGCGAGAUCUGCAACAAAGCUUUUACCCAGCGCUGCUCCCUGGAAUCGCACCUUAAAAAAAUCCACGGGGUGGAGCAACAAUAUGCCUACAAGCAACGGCGAGACAAAUUAUAUGUGUGUGAAGACUGUGGCUACACGGGCCCGACUCAAGAGGACUUGUACGUGCACAUUGGCAGCGUUCAUCCUGAAAGCACUUUCCUGAAGAAAACUUCAAAAAAACUUGCAGCCGUUUUGCAAAACAAACUGACUUCUCCAAUGGAGACGAGCCCAGAAGAGAACAGGGUAGAGCAGUAAUACUGCAGGGGAUUUUAUAGUUUUCAAAGAGACUGAAACGGACACGCUUCAGAGCUAGGGUCAGCGGGUCUCAGGGUCUGAAGAGAGAUUUCAGGGUUGCUGCCUCCAGGUGAGAGUCUCCAGAAGAAAGAUCAAAACCUCAAGAGGUGGGGCAGUCCGUUGUCUGCUGGGCCUAAGUGCUUCGGAUUUACUCUGCUGCCCAUCUGUCACCGUCUCCUAGAUGCCUUCUUCUCCAAGGCAUGAGGUACAGCAGGGGCUGCCCUGGACUGCCCCAUGUUGCCUUCUGCCCUCCUUGCCCCCUCUGCCAAGCCUCACCCCUCAACUCCCAGGUUCUCCCUCCUGAGUCUCAGGUAACCAGGCAAGCCUGUUAAGAACAAACUCUCAAAGGAAGCUAGUGCUUCCACCCACAGUUACUUGACGACUGCCUGCAGGAUUUCUGAAGAAUUAAACUUACCCAUUUUGUGUAUAUAUAUAUAUUUAAAGAAUAAAGAACAGACAGUAUGAAUCAUAAUGUAAUGGUCCUGUCUACACAACCGGAAUAUUGUAUGAUUCCUUCACUCCCUCAAGCACAUUUGUUAAAGCCGUACCAAUGGCUCUAAGUAUUUAACAGAGAAUUUUAUGCAAUCAGGAUGUUGGUAAUGGGCCUUGAAUGAACACUAAUUAAAAUGAAACUUGUUUGUAAA